AUAAAACAAGUACGAAUAAACACUGGCUUAUAAGGAAACAAACACAUGGAAGAGCCAAAACAAAAGCAGUAAAUACUGAGAAUUAGAGAGAGAGAGAGAGAGAGAGAGGGGGGGAAAUAAAGGAGAAGAGGGUGCAUGUAACAGCGGGAGUAUAUAGAGAGAGAAAGAAGAGGGAGUAGAAGUAGAGAGAAAGCGAGGCAGAGCAGUGCUGCUUAUUCCAAUGUCGGUGAAGAAGAGCUCUUUCGCCGUCUCUCUAGGCUGCGGUUGCCGAAGUUCAAAGAGCGUCGCCGUGAAGAGGGCCCAACUAGCCGGAAAAUCAAAACCACCCACCGGGAAAACCAGUUGCCCGGACAAUUGCUCUCAUUUUUCCGGCGAUACCUCAGUUAGCUCCAAUGAUUUUCGGAGCGAGACAACGACCAGUUUCUCGGGUCUUCUCAAGGAGCUCGAGGAGCUUGAGCGUAGCGUUGCUGCUUGGCCGGGCAGUUUUCCGGAAGAGAAAUGUGGUUCUCGGGCAAGUUUCAGGAGGGCGGAGGCGGUGGUUAGGGUUUCAGAGGAUCCUGUGCGUGAUUUCAAGAGAUCGAUGGUGGAGAUGAUGGUGGAGAAAGGGGUUCUUGGGAUAGAGGGGAUGAAAGAGGUGGUGGAUGCCUUGAUAAGUUUGAAUGCUCCGGAGCAGCAUUGUUCGAUACUCCGGGCUUUUAUGGAGAUUUGGGAGAGUGGAAUGAGUGAGGAGUGGUCAUGUGGGGAUCAUAACUGCUUCUCCUAGAAGUGAGUCUCUCUCUCUCAUCACCAUUGCUCUUUUCUCUCUAUUCAAACCACGCAUACCAGUUGGUCUCUCUCUGCCCCCAUUGUAUCUAUCGUAUGUAAUCGUUCUCCAUGGUGAUUAUGGAUGAUAAUUGUCGAACCAGCCCCAUGGCGUCUUCUACAAGGUAAACAUGGUAGCUGAUGCUCUCGCAUCUGCUGCGGCGAUGCUACUGUUUGGGGUUGUCAACUAUCCAAUUUUAAUUUAUUUUUUAUCUCAUUAUCUAUCUGACGCAA